CAGUAAACGUAGCAGUUGCCCCGGAGGUUCUUCUUCUUCGCUUGCCGUCAACAAAACCGGAGUGCUGCCUGCUAGUUUGCAGAGCUUUGAGAGGGUUUUUGGCACGAAUUUCUCCACAAAAAAACGAAAAUGGCUGAAGUAGAAGAAACCCUGAAGAGGAUUCAGGGCCAGAAAGGGGUUCAGGGAAUCAUCGUCGCCAAUUCAGAGGGAAUCCCCAUCAAGUCGACUCUGGACAACUCGAGCACGGUGCAGUACGCCGGGCUGAUCCACCAGCUGGUGAUGAAGGCCAGGAGCACCAUCCGAGACAUCGACCCCCAGAACGACCUCACCUUCAUGCGCGUGCGCUCCAAGAAGAACGAGAUCAUGAUCGCUCCAGAUAAAGACUUUUUCCUCAUCGUCAUCCAGAAUCCAUCAGAUUGAAGAUGAAGGAGCUGACGUCUGGCUGUUCGCUCGCUUUAUCACUCUCAUUUAAACGGCCCAGUUUUUUUUUUUCUUUCAUUAAAUCAAAAUUUGUGUUUAGCAGAAGCUUUUUCAUGGGAAGUAAGGUUGUAAGGUCAGGAUGUGUGAUCCCGAGGACGGUCAGUCGGCCUGCAGGAGGAUUUUUGGGUUGUGUGUUUUUUCCAUGUUUUAGCAUUCCAGCUCCUCGGUGUGUGUGUGUGUGUGUGUGUGUGUGUGUGUGUGUGUGUGUGUGUGUGUGUGUGUGUGUGUGUGAUGUCACCGUUUAUUUCAUGUGUAGCAAGCAGCCAGACGUGCACGCCAAUACACGAGUAACCAGUGAAGUCACAGACACAUGACUGGAGCAGAGCACGCUGGUCUGCAGGUCCAGUAUACGAGGCAGAACGAAGGACGUGCUUUGUUUUAUUUAGCUCACCUUAAAGGAAAACUGCAGAUUGUUAUUUAUUGUUUUGAUGGAUAAAAUGUUAAGGAGCAGUAUUUCACCUGUGAGCAGAGAGCGACACUACAAACACGUCCCUGCUCUCGCGUCAAGUUUGUUCAUUUGUAACAAUUAAGAAAUACAACAAUUGAAAACUG